AUGUUUACCAAAUUUCAACCUCCAGCGAGGCAAUUGUCAAGAAUUUUCAGAAGCUACAGUGUGAAAUCAAAUGUCCGGCUACCAUCAAAGACUUCUAGGUACUUGAUAAUUGGUAUAGUUUUUUUGGGAGGUGGGAUUGCCAUUGGAAGCCACAAUAGUCGCGGUAGAAAUGAGGACGAUUUAUCCACAACUCCUUUAUCAACAUUGGAUUCCCCAAUAUAUGCCACUAAGUAUGAGUUUGAAACUGGUUUAGCAAAGAUUGUUGAUAUUGUUGGAGCUGACAAUAUUUCAAGAGAUAAAAAAACCUUACAAUCACACAAUGAUUCAUUCUUUUCAACGCACCAUCCACCCAACCCUGAAGUCCAAGUUCCUGGGGCUAUCAUCUACCCUGAUUCUACCACUCAAGUUUCAGAAAUUUUAAAAAUUGCUAAUGAAUUCCGAAUUCCAAUUGUUGCAAACUCUGGCUUAACAUCUAUUGAAGGUCAGAAUAUUCAUACUCGAGGACCUUAUAGUAUCUCCAUAUCGUUUCAAAAAAUGAAUAAGAUCCUAGCAUUUCAUCCGCAUGAUUUGGAUGUUGUUGUUCAGCCAGGUGUUUGUUGGCAAGAUCUCAAUGAAUUCUUGAGCUCAAACCCCGAUGGCAAGCACUUGAUGUUUGGACCAGAUCCAGGACCCGGGGCAAAUAUUGGCGGUAUGGUUGGGACUAGCGCUUCUGGUACUAAUGCAUUCAAAUAUGGAACCAUGAAGGAAAACGUCGUGAAUUUGACUGUGGUUUUAGCUGAUGGCACUGUUAUCAAAACUAGGCAAAGACCAAGAAAAUCCAGUGCUGGUUAUGAUUUAACGAGAUUGUUUAUUGGAAGUGAAGGGACACUAGGAUUAGUCACCGAAGCUACUGUAAAAUUGCAUGUGCGGCCCAAAUAUGAAUUAGUGAGUGUUGCGUGUUUCUCGACCAUUAAAGAAGCAGCUGAAAUGGCGCUGGAUGUGAUUGCUCAGGGGGUUCUGCCUAAUGCAAUGGAAAUAUUAGAUGAAACAAUGAUUGAAUUUGUGAAUGAGUCAACAUCGAAAAAGCAGUUGCAAACUCCAACUCUAUUCUUUAAAUUGGGUGGGUCUUCUAAAAAUUCAAUUUUGGAGCAAUCAAGACUUAUUCAAAACAUUGGUUCGAAACACAGAAUGCUAGACUUUAAGACCAGUUCAAGUGAAGAAGAAAAUGACGAAUUGUGGUCUGCCAGAAGAAAUGGGUUUUGGUCAACUUUUGAAUAUGGUAAAAAGAUUUUACCUGAUACCAACGAUGUUCAAGGAUGGGGGACGGAUAUAGCAGUACCUGUGUCCCAACUAGCUAAAGUUAUUUCUCAAACGAACGAUGACUUGAUAAACUCUGGAUUCAACAAGAAAUUUUCAAUUAUGGGCCAUAUCGGGGAUGGGAAUUGUCAUUUUUUGAUACUAUAUAACUCACCAGAUUACCACAAAGUCAAAGUCUUGGUUGACAGAAUGGUAAAUAGAGCAAUUGAAGCUUCGGGAACAUGUAGUGGCGAGCAUGGUAUUGGUGUUGGAAAGAGAAGAUAUUUAGCAACCGAAUUAGGUCAAGCUACGGUUGAUCUUGAGAGAACCAUUAAAUUGAGCCUAGACCCUAACAGGAUCUUAAAUCCUGAUAAGAUAUUUAUGAUUGAUCCAAAGGAUGAUUUGGAUAACCAGCUAGACGAGGGGAGUCUUCUCAACAAUACCAGCUCUAGUUGUAAUCAUCAACAUUGA